AUGUCCGAAACGGCGAACUACGUGAACUACGUGGCCGUGGGCUUCGGCAGUGAACGAGGCAAUUUCUUCGAGGCGCGGCGGGGGGGCGGCGUUAUCCCGGGCGCGCGCGAGACCGGCCGAGCGCCAUUCGCGGGCGCCGCGCAGGGCGCCGUCGCGUCGCGCGAGCUCGGGCGCAGAGGACCCGCCGUCCAAGGCACCGCAACUUCGGCCGCCCGUGGCGAGAUAUUCGCGCCAGCCCAGCGGCGGUCGCUGCAAGUGGCCGCGCGAAGUGGAGACGAUGCCCACACGUGCCUGCUGUCGGCACCGCCUCCACUCUUGCCGCCCGCCUUCGGGGACAGCUCAUCGAGGCCUCCAGACCUCAGUGGCCUCCUCCGGGCACCCCCGGAGGCCUCGCGGGUGCUUGCGAACGAGGAGCCCUCCCAUCGACCCGCGUGCGGCUCCGGCGUGCACGGGUGGCGUGCGCCGCGCACGCCGGGCAAGCUCGCGAGGCGAACGAGGGCCCCAGGGGUGGCCAGCCCGACCUGUGCGGGCAGCCGCGGGAGGCUGCAGGCGGUGGUGGCGGAUGCCUUCGACGGCGCGGGCAAGGGCAAGGGCAAAGGCAAGAGUCGAGUCGUGGACGUCGGCGCGCAGCGCAGCGUGGACGGCUUAGUUUGUGCGGGCAAGGACAAUGACAAGGACAAGGGUCGCGUCGUGGACAUCGGCCCCGCCUCCCUGCUGCCACGCGUCUGCGGCGGCCGCGACCCCGCGACGGACACCGUCCGCAUCGACCUCCCGCUGGACGCGGCGGGCCCGGCGCGGGCUGGGCAGGAGCCCCCGGUCCCGGAGUGCGAGCCGGCCCCGGCGGCGGCGGAGCAGGCGGCGUCCCGGGAGGCGGAGCUCGCGGAGAGGGGUCGCCGCGAGCGCGAGGAGGCGCUGGCGGCGCAGGAGCGGCGCGCACAGGUGCAGGCCUUCCUGAGGGCGGAGGGCUUCGCGGACGUGGGCGCCCCGAGGCGCAGGCUACUCCGGAAGAGUUACCCGCUGCACCGCGCCGCCGAGCUGGGGAGCGGGCAGAUGGUCGAGCACCUGCUGGCGGAGGGCGCCGACCCGUCCCAGAAGAACUCCUCGGGCCUCACCGCCGCUCAGGUGGCCUCGAGGAAGGACCGGGGGGGAUCCCACGGCAGCGCGCUGAGAGCCCUCGGUGGCGCGUGA